GGGGAUGGGGGUAGGGAAGGGCAGAAGUACCAGGGUCGCAGGGUUCAAGAUGGCUCCGGCCUCCUUGGAUGACGUAGACGAAAGGCCUUGGGCCCGCCCCUCCGUCUUGGAGAAGCGGGGAGCCGAACUGGGGUUAGCCCGACGUGUGGAGGGUGCGGCCGUCGGUCUGUGGCGCUGGUGUUAACCCCGCUCUCUCGGUUUGGACGACUCGGCCCCUCUAGGCGAUUCUCCCAGCGGGACCGAGCCAAGGGCCCACCGUUGUAAUGUGACACCGCAGACCGCAGUGGACCUCGACUCCGUCCUAACCCCUAAAAGCAGAACAGGACUGUUCCCAGCCCCGUAGGAGUGGGCGCCCAGAGGGCAGAGCCCGACCCUUCGGCGGCUCGCCGCGGGAUGGAGUAGACCCGCCCCUUCCUUGUUAAUUUUGCCCUGCAGAGAUUUGAAUCUUCUUCCUGGCUGGACGGCUGGCAGCUUGGGCCUUUCCAGCACUCAGUGACCCUCACUGUGGCCCAGGGCCCAGAAUUAGGUGACCAGAAUGGAGCUGUGGCCCGGGGCCUGGACGGCACUGCUGCUGCUGCUGCUCCUCCUGCUGUCCACCCUGUGGUUCUGCAGCUCCAGUGCCAAGUAUUUCUUCAAGAUGGCCUUCUAUAACAGCUGGAUCCUCUUCCUGGCUAUGGUCGCAAUCCCUGUGUGUGUUGUGCGAGGACGCAAUGUCGAGAACAUGAAGAUCUUGCGUCUGCUGCUGCUCCACAUCAAAUACCUGUAUGGGAUCCGAGUGGAGGUGCGAGGGGCUCACCACUUCCCUCCCACGCAGCCCUAUGUUGCUGUCUCCAACCACCAGAGUUCCCUCGACCUGAUUGGAAUGAUGGAGAUACUGCCAGAUCGCUGUGUGCCCAUUGCCAAGCGUGAGCUACUCUGGGCUGGCUCUGUCGGGCUGGCCUGCUGGCUGGCAGGAGUCAUCUUCAUUGACAGGAAGCGCACAGGGGACGCCAUCAGUGUCAUGUCCGAGGUGGCCCAGACCCUGCUCACCCAGGAUGUGAGAGUCUGGGUUUUUCCAGAAGGAACAAGAAACCACAAUGGCUCCAUGCUGCCCUUCAAACGAGGCGCCUUCCACCUUGCAGUACAGGCCCAGGUCCCCAUCAUCCCCAUCGUCAUGUCCUCCUAUCAAGACUUCUACUCCAAAAAGGAACGACGCUUCACCUCGGGAAGAUGUCAGGUGCGGGUGCUGCCCCCAGUGCCCACAGAAGGGUUGACACCAGAUGAUGUCCCAGCCCUGGCAGACAGAGUCCGACACUCCAUGCUCACCAUCUUCCGGGAGAUCUCCACUGACGGCCUGGGUGGCGGCGACUGUGUGAAGAAGCCUGGGGGAGCGGGCGAGGCCCGGCUCUGAGCUCCACUCUUCUCCCCUUCCUCCUCCCUGAACCUCCAACCCCGGGCCUGAGGCAGGACCAGGCUCUCUUCCCGGGUCCCCACUCCUACUGUCCUUUUGGAAUCCUCAACUUCUGAAGUGAAUGUCACUCCGCGUUCCUUCCCUGCCCCACCCAUGGACUCUCCUGCGUGGGUGCAGCCUCCACUCCAGGCCCCACCUGCCAUCUUGUCUUGUGGGACAGUUGCUCCCCCUCAUCUCAAGUGGCUCAUCCGAUACAGGGUGGGAGACAUUCCAUCCCAUCCUUCCCCAGUGGUCUCUUUGUGGCCUUCUCUCCCUCUCCGCCCUACACCGGACAAUGGACUCAUCUGUUCUGUGGGACAAUCCAUCCUUCACCCCGAGUCCACAGACUGACUAGUGAGGACUCCUCCUCCUGCGGCUGGAAGCUGAACCUGACACUCCUCACAGGCUCACCUGAGGACUGACCGCCCGCCCGCCUCAGCACCUUCACCCUCCAUGGGGCUGGCUCUUGUGACUCAGAGGCCUCAUCCCUGCCCAUGCCAGGGGCUGAGCACACUCCAGAUGCCAAUUUCUGCUUCCCCCACGCUCCCCCCUGCCCCAGCACCAUCUAACCCAAUUCUGGAGAAGCAGACUCCAGAAGCUGCUCUCUGCUCCCUGAGGCCUUAGGGAGAAGAACCUGACCCUGGUGAGAGGGAGAGGAGGACGCUUAAUUUAUUUUUUUUUCUUUUCUUUUUUUCUUUUUCUUUUUUUUUUUUUUUUGAGGUACCUCCCUCUCUGAGCCAAUUUUCAUUUCCUCCCAGUAGCAUUGGCCACCCCUGCCUCCCACUCUAGACCCAUUCCUAAAACCCAGGAGGUAGGCUGGGGGAAGAAGGACCAGGUGGGAUCCAGUUUUGUGUGGUUGGUUUUUAUUAUCUGGAUAACAGCAAGCAACUGAAAAUAAAGAGAAAGAGAGA